GACUGCAGCGCACGGUGCACGAGGAGAGGCUGGGAGAGCUCUGCUGGCUUUUCUUGGACUAGAGCAGGCUGGGCUGUGUGGUCAGGGUGUGCAAACACCUGACUGAAGGUGGGUGGGUAAAGGACACAAGCGACUCUGUUCAAUGCAGCAAUGGCAGGAAACCCAAUGGGCACAAAUUGAACCGUGGCAAGUUAGAAUGAAAGGAAUGGUGGUGAAACACUGGAUCUGGUAGCCCAGAGCGGUUGUGGUGGAGUCCCUGUGCUGGUACAAGAGUUGUCCUGAGUCUGUCCAUGGUGCUGCUGUACAUGGAGGGAUUUGGGGAGAGGAGAGGGGUCUGGGAUGCUACAGAGCAAAAUUUGUUUCAGGCAGCUGAGGAGGAACUGUGGUAAACUGUGGAACUCUAAAUUUUGUGGCUGUACUGAUAAAGGAGGGAUUUAUGACUGUACCAGUGUGUCUCAUGCAAGGGAAGGUCUGCCACCCUUGAUCACAGGGACAAGGGGGAACUGUCAUAGAAUGAGGGACACCUGAAUGUGGCAGUCCUUCAAUGAGGUCCCUGGCAUAUGAGGGGGUAUUCCCUAGUGAACGAGUAAAGUAUUAGGUAAGAGAGUGUAUUUCCAAGGGGGUGUUCUGUACUUAGGGCUCGGGGUGGGAGCAGGCAGCUCUAUGGAAGGAUCAGCUCAGUUAUUGUGGCAGUCCCAGGGGCAGGUUGAGUGCUGGGAAUUCUUAGCAAUGGAGGAAAAAAACCCCGAUCCAUUUACCUACCACUCUAAAGCUUAAAGGAUAGUAACAGUGAGGUUUCAAUUUCCUCCUUUUUAUUUAAAUUACUUUUUAACUAACUGGUUUGUUCACAGUACAUCUGUGUGACCUUUGCAUCAGCUACUCACUACAGAUGAAUGAUGUCACAUCCUCUACAUUUUAUUUCCUCCAUUUACUCACUGUUCCUUUUCAGAAGAAGGGGUUGCCAAACCAUAGAGUUGCCGGCAUCCUCACAGACUUUAAUUUCUUAAAUGUUUUUUCAGCUGGACAGGGCAUCUUGAAAAAGAUGGGAGAGGCUGUCAUAGGAGAGUAAGCUAUGGCUGGAGAGAGAAUGCUCAGGAUGCCCAGCUGCCUCCUAAAGCCCACCAGGGUCAUGCUGAGCCACAAGCCCUGGGCCCUGUUUAUCCUCAUCUUUGUGUUUGUAUCCUUUGCAUACAUCAAGUUGUAUUCGAAUAUCUGGGAGGACCCAAAGAGCAGAGGCCCCCCCUACGGCUUGUCUGCUGAAAUCAGCUGUGCUCACUAUGUGCCUUCUUCCCUCAACAUUGCUGGUGGGCCCUCUCCUUCUACAGGAAGUGUGUUUUUUGUGGAGACCUCAGAGCAAACUACCCCAAGUUACCUCUUCUCAUGCUCUGUGGAGUCAGCAGCCAGGGCACACCCCGCAUCAAGAGUUGUGGUGCUCAUGAAAGGCUUGGCCAAAGAGAAUGCCUCCUUACCCAAGCACUGGGCUUUCUCCUUGAUGAGCUGCUUCCCCAACGUGGAAAUCCAGCCCCUGGACUUGACAGACCUCUUUUCUGGAACACCUCUAAAAAGGUGGUACAUGUGGCCUCUACGCCACUGGGAGCCUCAUUUUUUACCUGUCCUCUCUGAUGCCUGCAGGAUUGUCCUCAUGUGGAAAUUUGGUGGCAUCUACCUGGAUACAGAUUUCAUUGUGCUUAAGGACUUACAGAACCUCACCGAUGCACUCGGGAUUCAGGAUGACGAUGAACUGAAUGGGGCCUUCCUGUCCUUUAAGCCCAAACACAAGUUCAUGGAGCUUUGCAUGGAGGACUUUGUGCAGAAUUACAAUGGCUGGGUCUGGGGCCACCAGGGCCCAAAGCUCCUAACUCGUGUCUUCAAGAAGUGGUGCUCCAUCCAGACUAUCAAGAGCAUGAGCUGCAAAGGUGUGAGUGCUCUUGCCCCAGAAGUUGUUUAUCCCAUUCCUUGGCAGGACUGGAAGAAAUUGUUUGAGCCAGUCAGUGCCUUGGAGCUUCGCAAACUCCUGAAGAACACCUAUGCAGUGCACGUAUGGAACAAACUGAGCCAUGGCACCAAGUUAGAGAUCCCCUCCCAGGCUCUGCUGGCUCAGCUCUAUUCCCAGUUCUGCCCUGCCACCUACACAAAGAUGAAACAGGACUCUGAAGAGUUAUCAAGGCAUGCAGUGUGACCUGAGGGCCCUUGGCUGCAGAGAUGUUCACCAGACUGAAGGAAACCGAGUGCCUUUGACAUUCUCCAGAGUUGGUUUCUAGAUCCCAGAGCAGGUGUUCUGUGUGACAGCUCUGUGGUUUUGUACCAUUUCUGAUCUCUGCCUCCGAUCCUUUGAGUUUCAAAUUUACAGCAGAACCUGAGUUCAGCCUCUCUUCUGCUGUCCCUCAGGAGACCUCUUGCUGCAAGGGAGGUUGAACUUGUUCUUCAGCAUCCCUCAGCUGGUCCUCUCUUGGUUUUCUCCAAUGGCUCCUCCUGUGGAUCCCGGCCUGAGCAGCCCCUUGUGAUGUUUCAGGAGCUGUAAGGACCCUUGGCUUGCUCUCUGUGGCAUUUCUCAGCUUGUAAACCACUGCCAGUAGGUGCCAAAGGGCACAGUUUGCUGGAGCUCAGAACAGAACUCCCUGGCUGGCAAGGAUCCUUUAUGCCUUGAGAAAUACAUGAAGAGGAUAUGCAAAUUGCAGGAUUUAAAAUCCCUGCACCUCUCAGUGUGAAAUUCUUCUUAACUUCUAAAGUGAGAAAAGUUGAAAUGGUGUUUCCUAGUGUUUCCAGUUCCGCAGCAGUGGGAUGACUUUUUUGGGACUCCUCAGAAAAACAAGUAGACAAAAGCAGUUCAUUUAGGAGUGGAAAUUAUAAAGUGUUUUGCUCUGCUGAUGUAAUUCUUGUAGGAUACCAACGUCUAACCAGCCAUUGUCACAUUCUGAAGAGUCUCAGCAUUGCCUGUUUCUGCAGUGCUGUGAAGAGGAUAUGUCCCUGUGAUUGGAAUAUGGAGCCCAUUGUGGAAGUCCAGAGGAUAACAUGUCCAUAUCAACAGAAGGAACAGGUGCAGGAUUUAGAGCUGUGCCCCAGGGACAAAAAUAAAAACUCAGAAGCGCCUGAA